CUUUACCUACCAUCUUGCUUGCUGUCCUAUCGUCAUGGCUCCUCACCCUCUUGACAUUCUUACUGCUAGUGAGACCAACACGGCUCGCGAUAUCGUUGCUGGUCUUCACCCCAACAAUGUGAUCAACUUUCGUGAGAUCUAUUUGGAAGAACCUCCUAAGAAGCAAUUGAUCGAGUUCUUGACCGCGGAGCAUGCUGGAAAGGAUGCUCCUCGCCCUGCCCGGACAGCUCUAGUCCAAUAUGAUACCAUUGGAAAAGAUGGCGUCCCACUCUUUAACGAAGCCGUGGUCGACCUAGAGAAGGGAACACGAGUCAAGCACGCCACAGUUGAUGACAAGGUUCAUCAUGCUGGUUUGACACUUGCCGAGUUUGGCACCCUUGUGGAUGUAUGUUACGCAUCUCAGGAGUUCAAAGACGUAAUCGCCGAGUUUGAACUGCCAGAGGGCUUCGAAGUUAUUGUUGAACCAUGGCCAUACGGUGGUCCCCUCCCCGAGGAAGAAAAUCGAAGAUACUUCCAAGGAUUGUGCUUUGCCCGCGACACUCGUUCAGGCAAUGCCGACUCAAAUUUUUAUGCUUAUCCUUUACCUUUCAUCCCGGUUAUGGAUGCCGCCAUGAAGAAACUUAUCAGGAUUGAUCGUCUCGCAACAGGAGGCAAAGGUGAUGCUCUCAAUGCAAAGACCCACUCCAAAAAAAUCAUCGACCACUGCAAAACUUCCGAAUACGUCCCAGAGUUGCUCCCCAACGGUACUCGACAAGACCUCAAGGCGCUCAAUGUAUCACAGCCCGACGGUCCCUCUUUUUCCGUAGACGGCUCUUUGAUCGAAUGGCAAAAUUGGCGAUUUCGCGUUGGCUUCAAUCCGCGAGAAGGUGCAACGAUUCAUGAUGUCUACUACGGGGGACGGAGCGUCAUGUACCGCAUGGGUAUCAGCGAAAUGACCGUUCCUUAUGCGGAUCCUAGAAGCGUCUUCCCUCGAAAGCAGGCCUUUGACUUCGGUGACGGUGGCGCCGGAAAUUGCGCCAACAACUUGUCUUUGGGCUGCGACUGUUUGGGUGUGAUCAAGUACUUCGACGGUGUCAAGAUCGGCCCAGAUGGCACCGCACAGCCAUCACCAAACGUCGUUUGUCUCCAUGAACAAGACAAUGGCAUUGGCUGGAAACAUACCAACUGGCGGACUGGUCGAGCAGUCGUCACUCGGUCUCGCGAGUUGGUCGUCCAGUUCAUCAUCACCCUUGCAAAUUACGAAUACGUAUUCGCCUACAAGUUUGACCAGGCUGGCGGAAUCAACAUCGAGACACGAGCAACAGGCAUCGUCUCCGUUGUGAACAUCGACCCCGGAAAGACCAGUUCGUAUGGUAACGUUGUCUCCCCGGGUGUCCUGGCUCAGAAUCAUCAACACGUCUUCUGUGUUCGUAUCGACCCUGCCAUCGACGGCUACAACAACACUGUCAUUGCGGAGGAAUCCCACCCAGCCCCAAUUAGCAAAGAGACCAACCCCUAUGGCAAUUACUACGAGAUUCGGCAAAAGGUCAUCGAUAAGAGUCAGUGGCUCGAUGCCGCACCUCAGCAUAAUCGCAUCAUCAAGAUUGUCAACAAGAACAAGAAAAACCCAAUUAGUGGCAAGCCCGUUGGCUAUAAAUUCACCCCUUCUCCAACACAACUUCUCCUGGCCGACCCAACAUCAAUUCAAGCCCGCCGAGCUCUUUUCGCUCAACAUCAUCUCUGGGUGACCAAACACGUCGAUGGUGAACACUACGCCGCCGGCCGCUAUACGCUACAAAGCCGCGAUGAAGUGGGUGGCGUGGCCGACGCAAUCAAGCGUAAUGAAGACGUCGACGACGAAGACGUUGUCCUCUGGUCCGUAUUUGGCCUCACACACAACCCAAGAGUCGAGGAUUGGCCUGUCAUGCCUGUCGAAAUCCACCAAAUCCACAUCAAACCGGUUGAUUUCUUCUCGGAGAACCCAGCCAUCGACGUCCCCUCCAAUAAGAAUCUAGCCUCUGUUCUCACCGAAGGCCGUGGCAAGCCUGCUCCCAAUGGCCACACGAACGGCCACACCAAUGGAGUCACCAAUGGCACUGGUGCGUGCUGUGAGUCGUAAAAAUGGGUACAGAUGAUAGAGGAUGGAUCAUGAACAUAAUACUUCUUCUUGCGAAAUGUAUGGUGAAUUGCAUGCAUCAUCUACGAAUAUAGUUAGCUUUUGUAUAGCCUUUGUCUCUCCUCCCUGCUCGCUCUCGUGGGGAUUCUUGUGAUCUAUUCGUUCUUCAUGUCAGAUAAGCUACAAC